CAUCUCUUCUUGGUGUCUCUUCCUCCUCCCCGUCCUCCCGGCAGGCCAUGGGGUGUGUGGGGCUCCUGGUUAUCCCAGAAGACACCAAGGAGCAGCAGGGUGCUCAGGGGGAAUGUCCCCAUCCCUGUUCCCAGGAGUGCCAGGAGCUAGCUGCUGUCCCGGUGCCACAAGCUAUAAAGCGUUUCCUGAAGGAGGACUCUGAGGAGGCUGAGCUGAGCCAGCUCCUGCAGGAUUGCCCACCGGUUGACAGCCCCAGGAAGGUGGAGCCCCCGGAGAGCUGGCAGGAGCCCGGCCGCCCCCUCUGUGGCAUGGGCAGGCUCCCCCCUGACAUCGAUGAGAGGGAUGCCAGGAUCUUCUCCCGAUCUCAGCCCCUGGAUGUCCAGCAGCACAUCGCAGCUCCCGCACCCCUGAGCCCCAACCGGCCCCGGAGCCCUUGGGGGCAGCUCGACCCCUAUGACUCCUCUGAGGAUGACAAGGAGUACGUGGGCUUUGCCACACUGCCCAAUCAGGUUCAUAGGAAGUCAGUGAAGAAAGGCUUUGACUUCACCCUCAUGGUGACAGGGGAAUCUGGACUGGGCAAGUCUACCCUAAUCAACAGCCUCUUCCUGAUGGACAUGUACAGAGACCGCAAGCUGCUAAAUGCUGAAGAGCGCAUCACACAGACAGUGGAGAUCAUCAAGCACAUAGUGGACAUUGAGGAGAAGGGUGUCAAGCUGCGCCUGACCAUUGUGGACACGCCAGGCUUUGGUGAUGCCGUCAACAACACUGAGUGCUGGAAGCCGGUGGCUGACUACAUUGACCAGCAGUUUGAGCAGUAUUUCCGUGAUGAAAGUGGCCUCAACAGGAAGAACAUCCAGGACAAUCGUGUCCACUGCUGCAUCUACUUCAUCUCACCCUAUGGCCAUGGGCUUCGGCCCCUGGAUGUGGAGUUCAUGAGAGCCCUGCACCAACGGGUGAACAUUGUGCCUGUGCUGGCCAAGGCUGACACCCUGACUCCAACAGAGGUGCAGCGCAUGAAGAACAAGAUCCGUGAGGACACUGAACACUAUGGCAUCCAACUCUACCAGUUCCCCGAGUGUGACUCGGAUGAGGAUGAGGAAUUCAAGCUGCAGGACCAGGCACUGAAGGAGAGCAUUCCCUUUGCUGUCAUUGGCAGCAACACGGUGGUGGAAGCCAAAGGCCGGCGCAUCCGUGGGCGCCUCUACCCCUGGGGCAUUGUGGAAGUGGAGAACCCAUCCCACUCUGAUUUCGUGAAGCUGCGGACAAUGCUGGUGAGGACCCACAUGCAGGACCUCAAGGAUGUGACGCAGGACAUCCACUAUGAGAAUUACCGCAGGCAGUGCAUCCAGAGCAUGACCCGCAUGGUAGUGAAGGAGAGGAACCGCAACAAGCUGACACGGGAGAGCGGGACAGAUUUCCCCAUACCUGUCAUCUCCUCGGUGCCAGAUGCAGAGACGGAGAAGCUCAUUCGGGAGAAGGAUGAGGAGCUGCGGCGCAUGCAGGAGAUGCUCCAGAAGAUCCAGAAGCAGAUGAAGGACUCACACUAACUCCUCUUGCCUCUUCUUCCUCCUCCUCGUGCCCCAAAUCAGAAACAUUUGCAUCACUCUCCAUCCUACCCUGACCCUGCUGCAAAACGCAGUACAACACUGACUGCAUCUGCCACCUUAA